CCGGAGGGGCGCGUCUGCGCAUUGUGCUGGUCUCCAUGGCGGGGCCUCGGAGCCAAGACGAGGUUGAGUAGACUCGUUUUGAAUUUUCUCCCCUCUGCUCCAGCACUUUGUGGACUUCCCUUCUCGCCCUGUAGGGUGCUCGGCGGCGGCGGGACUGAGGGAGUCGGAGGUUUGGCAGAGCUGUCCGCGCCGACGGACGGGAAGCUGCUUCCCAAUCCCCCUUUCUUCCUGCUGCCUCCUCCUCCCGUCACCUCCUGACCCGCCCGGUCCCUGAGCAACCGCCGGCCCCCGCCCCUUGCCGCUGACGGGCUUUGGUGGCGCCUUUCGCGCCCCGCCUCGGGCAGUAUUCGGGGCCCCUCCUGACGAGGCCUACCGUCCCCCGCCCGGACGGGGUCCGCGGGCCCCGAGCCGGCAGGCUGGAGAAGGUGGAGGUUAGGUGUCUUAAGGAGGGCUGCUGAGCACAAGGGCGCACAACCACGGAGGAGGACUCGGACCCCCUGGCCAGGAGCGCCCGCUGUGUGGUCCUAUGUGCCGCCCCGCAUUUUAGGGUUCCUUUUUUCUCUUUAUGAGCCCCUUUAUACCUUCCUUUUAGAAGGGGAAAGGCGUCCUCCCACACCUUCUCCCAACGCUUUUUGACUUUUUUUUUUUUCGUCUUGAAGUUACCCAAAGGCCUAUGUCUUAUUCUCAAAAGGUCCCGAGAAUAAUUCUAAUGGAAUUUAGUUGUUUUUUUGAGGGAGGAUGGUUGGAGAGAUACUACUCAGCUCUCCUAGUCACUUUUUAAGCCGUUCGCCAGAAAUCUUUCAAGAGGGGGACUUCUUAAAGAGACGGCAGUUUAGAGUAAGGCAGAACUGGAUUGCAGAAUUUGGGGCAAAGCGGUAUGUGUGCAGGUGAAGACAGCUAAAGCUUUCCUUUGUUACGUUGCUUCAAGAUGUACAACAAAAAAAUGCUGCUGUGAAGACAUAAUUAUAGCUUUCACAUAACUGAAGCCCCAACCAUCAUGAUUUAGUGCCCCCCAAAGGAAGAACUUCAGUGGAAAAGAGAGGGCAUUUCUGGGGAUAGUAGAAUGCUUGAGACCUGAAUUUAAACUCAAGCUCCUUCAUGAAGGUAUUAAAUAAUAGAAGAAAAUGGAAUUGGAUAUGAUACCAGCAUGGAACAGUCUGUUGAUUCAUUAAGAGUCAACCAUAAUGAUUCCGAAGAGUCAAAAACCGAUUCUCAGCAUCUAAGCUGUAUGGACUCCAGUGAGCCUUCUUUUGGACAAGAUGGUUCCCCUAGAGUUUUACCCAUUACUACUGCAGUGGAUAAUUCACUCACAUCACAGAAUAUACCAGGGCCCCUGACUCAGACACAGACUCUUUCUGCAGAGCAAUUCCACCUAGUGGACCAAAAUGGGCAACCUAUUCAAUAUGAGCUUCAGUCAUUGGGGGAUUCUAAUGAGCAAAUGAUGAUUGUUGCCAGCCCAUCAGAAAAUGGACAGGUGCUGCGUGUAAUUCCAUCUACCCAGACAGGAACAACACAAGUGAUUGUACCUCAGGGGCAGCUUGUGGAUGUGAAUAGUCCUCAGGAUGUCUCUGAAGAGAAACCCAGUGACGGAAACUUACCAACUGUAAGAGUGGAUUCUCUAGCAGACAAUAACAGUAGUUACAUUCUUCAUCCACAUGCAUCCCUCACAUUGCCCAAAAAGACAGUGACCAGAAUACUUGAAGAACCCUUUUUGGCUCCACUCCAGCCACUUUCUUCUAACACACCUAUAUGGGCCUGUCGUCUUAGGAGCUGUGAGAAAAUUGGAGAUUCAUACCGUGGCUACUGUGUAAGUGAGACUGAAUUAGAAAGUGUCCUAACAUUUCACAAGCAGCAAACACAGAGUGUUUGGGGGACCCGCCAAUCUCCAAGCCCAGCCAAGCCAGCUACACGCUUGAUGUGGAAAUCCCAGUAUGUCCCAUAUGAUGGAAUCCCAUUUGUCAAUGCAGGGAGUAGAGCUGUGGUAAUGGAGUGUCAGUAUGGGCCAAGAAGAAAAGGUUUCCAGUUAAAAAAAAUCAGUGAGCAGGAAAGCAGGUCUUGUCAGCUCUACAAAGCUACUUGUCCAGCCCGGAUUUACAUUAAAAAGGUACAGAAAUUUCCUGAAUAUAGAGUUCCUACAGACCCCAAAAUUGACAGGAAAAUAAUCCGAAUGGAGCAGGAAAAAGCCUUUAACAUGCUAAAGAAGAACUUGGUAGAUGCUGGUGGUGUUCUUAGGUGGUAUGUACAGUUACCUACUCAGCAAGCUCAUCAGUAUCACGAAUUAGAGACUCCCUGCCUCCCUUUAUCACCUUCCCCUUUUCCUAUGUCUUCUCUUGAAGAAGAGGAAACUGCAGUUAGAGAUGAGAACUGUACAUUACCCUCACGUCUGCAUCCUCAAGUAGCACAUAAAAUUCAAGAACUAGUAUCACAGGGAAUACAACAAGUGUAUGCAGUAAGGAAACAGCUAAGAAAAUUUGUGGAAAGGGAACUGUUCAAACCUGAUGAGGUACCUGAAAGACAUAAUUUAUCCUUUUUUCCAACUGUAAAUGAUAUAAAAAAUCACAUCCAUGAGGUACAGAAAUCCUUGAGAAAUGGAGAUAAUGUAUAUAACUCAGAGAUUAUUCCAGCAACGCUUCAAUGGACUACAGAUAGUGGGAAUAUUCUCAGAGAGACUGUGACAGUUACACUUGCAGAAGGAAAUUCACAAGGAGAAGCAAUUUCCAGCAAAGUGGAAACAAAUCAGACAAGGGGUUCUUUGUCUCCAGAGCCAGCGCACUUGCUCUCCUCACUUUCUUCAUUUCAGCCAAAAAUAUUCACACAACUACAGGGUUUGCAGUUGCAACCAAGAUUCACAUCUUCUGAUGGAUCACCAGCUCUGAUAUCAGUAAAUAAUCACCCCUCCUCCAGUCCUUCAAGACUUCUGGAUUCAGUAGGAAGUGCUGUAAUGAAUAAUAAUUCUCUGCUGCUUGGUCAAACUCAUUGCCUUCAAACAGAUACAUGCCUAACCCAAAACAAUAGUAUUUCCUCUACCAUGGGUAACCUUCCAGGACCCGAUCAAAAUCUGGUUGCAGUGGAUCAGCUGGUGGAAGUUGGAGAUGUUGAGGAUACAGAGAAUCUGGAAGGAAAUGUUCAUCGGAUUCUGCUGGGAAAUGUUCAGACCAUUCCAAUACAGAUUAUAGACAGCGACCCAGCUCUCAUUGAAGAAAGUCCAGAAGGUACCAUUUCUGUGAACCAAGUUAAGCAAGAACCCAAAGAACCAGCAUUAUCUAUGGAAGCAAAAAAAAAAUUGGACUGUAAGAAAUUGUCUGCUACAUAAAUUAUUGAAGCUUUUCAGAAUUUACAACUCUGGUGACUUCUGAUGUCAUAAAAAAGAAGGUGAAUAUUAUCAAAGCGCAGCAUUGUGAUAAGUGGACUGAAGACUGGUUUAAUGAGCAGCUUUAAUUUAAAACUGACAUAUUUGUUGCUAACUCCCUAUUUUUACCUUAAGAGAUAUUUUAUUCCUCUUAUUUUGUAUAAUUCUUAUGCUUUUUGAUUAUCUGAUAAGGCCAGUAUUUCAAAAGGUCAUCUGAACAUAUCCACUUAUCUAAUUCAUCCUCUGGAAAUUAGAUAUUAAUUUUGGUUCUUAAAAAAGAACAACAAAAAAGUAUGUGAGUUUGUGUGUGUGUGUGUGGUGAAUUUUUUUGAGUUCUGAAAGAGUUAUUCCCUCUUUAAAGUUGUGAAGAAAAUUUUUAAAUUGGCAGACGGGAGAAUAUCUGAGGUCUGUCUCAUUUGGAAAGAAAAACAACAGAUUUUACAUCAUAACAUGAAGCCCAACAUUCACAUCUGUGAAAACUAUGUGGUUGCAUUUUAGCUUCUUCCAUUCUAAUUUUUAUACUUAAAACUACAAACCAGUAGUAUACCAAUGGUCAUCUAGUAGAAAUUUACAGUGUCUUGGUAAGUACUGAGAGUUUUAACUUGAAUCAGAUAAGCAAGAAAAAUAAAUGUUUUUUGCAUGGAUUUAUACAGUAUUGUAGUUAAAAUACUACUUAUGGGUUGAAAAAUGUAGAAAUUGAGAGAAUUCAGAAAGAAUAAUAGAAUUCCCUGGUGUUAACAGAUAAUUAGGGGAACUUUUUGAUAUCAGCAGAAGAUUUUUCUUUUUUUUUUUUUCCCUAUUUUGUAUUGAAGAUUCAGCUCUGGUUAGAAAAGAAUUUAAGUUGUAUUUAUUUUUCUGUGCCAGAGUUCUUAAUGAAUUGAUGGUAUUAAAAUUUAUAGUAUUUAAAGGUAAAGAUUUAUAGUUGAAAAUUUAGUUCAUAUUUAAAACUUUAAAACAACUGGUGUGUUAUAUUUGCUUGUUAAAUAAGCAUAUUUACUUCAAAUACUGAACAAGUACUAAUCAGUAUAUUCAUUAUAAGCUUCUCUUUUCCAGAAGGUUGGUAACCUAGAAAUGUCAAUUAUAACUGUCAAGAAAUCACCUAAAGGCUUUUUUUCCCUGUAGAGACCAUGUGUGGGUUUAUUUAAAAAUAAGAAUUUCAAAUGGAUAUUAAUGUUUAAUAUUCAAAGCAUGCAGAAUAUAAUAUGAAAUUCAGCCUUAAUACUUUACAUGAAUAUGAGUCUUUUUGUAAGUAUAUUUACUUCAAAUACUGAAUAAGUACUAAUCAGUAUAUUCAUUAUAAGCUACUUGUUUCUAUAAGGCUGGCGAACUGGAAAUGUCAAUUAUAGCUGUCAAGAAAUCAACCUAAAGCCUUUUUUCCCCCGGAGAUCAUUUGUGGGUAUAUUUAAAUUUUUAUUUAAAAGUAAUAAGCAUUUCCAAUGGAUAUUAAUGUUUAAUAUUCAAAGCAUGCAGAAUGUAAAAUUUAACCUUAAUACUUUAUAUAACUAUGAGUCUUUUUGGCUUUUCUAAGUUCAAUCUCCCAUUCUUAAUUCACUUUAAUUGUUUCAGGUACACAACAUGUAUCUAAGUAUAAAGUACUGUUAUGUUAGAAGCAGAUGGAAUUAUAAAAUUCCUUGCUCUUUAUAUUUAUACCCUAUUUAACAUAAAAGUUAUUUAUACCUAUAUUUAAUGCAAAGUUAAUAUUCAGUUACAUAUAUAAUUUUUUAAUAAGAAUUGCUUUUAUUUUUCCUAAGAAUUGAAAAUACUUGAUGUCAGCAUUUAUAGAGGCAGGCUGCCAAAUCUAUGUUAUGCUAAGUUAAACACAACUCUAGGGCUUCCCUGGUGGCGCAGUGGUUGAGAGUCCGCCUGCCGAUGCAGGGGACACGGGUUCGUGCCCUGGUCCGGGAAGAUCCCAC